AUGAGUCUUAAAGCGACCACUCGUGAUCGAAGAGGUGCUGGAGUUCGCCAGAUAGAUAUUCCCGAAAGAGAAAACAAACUGGAACUGUUCCGUUUUCUCACUAGAAAUCUUAUAACUUUACUAAAACAAUUUCAAAUUGUUACAAAUGUUGAUUAUAAAAUUGUAACGUUACCUGGAUCUACUUCUGAGUUACAAGGAUUGGAUAUUUCCCAAAUGGAGGAAGCUGACGGCAGAAUACUUCUUCAUGUAAAAGAUAUGGUUGUCAACGGAAUCGAGUCAGUUCUGAUCCGCUGUUCCGACACAGACGUAGUUGUUGUGGGAGUAUCUCAUUUCCACGAGCUUCAAGAUCACGGUUUAAAAAAGUUGUGGAUUUUGUUUGGCAAUGCAUUAAAAAAAAGAUACAUUCCCGUCCACGAAAUCGCAAAUAAACUUGGUAGAGAAAAAGCAGUUGCGCUGCGUGGAUUUCACGGUUUUACAGGGUGUGAUUCAACUUCCUUUUUUACAUCAAAGGGUAAGAGAAGUGCCUGGUCUACUUGGAAAGACCCAGACAUUACUUCAGCUUUUAAGUGUUUGUCCUACCCCUCCAGCAUCGAUCAGCUGACUGAUGCACACAUAAAAGCUCUAGAAAAAUUUACGAUUGAUAUGUACGAUUCACGCAGCGAAAUAACAGCGAAAGGAAGAGGCGGGAAGAUGGUUCCCUUGAGCCAGUUUGGUCGCAGCUACACUGGAUAUGGGCAUCAGUCAAAGAGCUGGAUAGGUGUGGUUGUCGGUCUGGCUGAGAAAAAAAUUAUCUUGGGAAACACCCACCAGACCAAUGGGCGUCCGAGCCUAAAACAAAAGAACCCAUCAGGUGGUACUGGCGACGUUAUGGUACUGGAUUUUAUGCUGCACUGUCAUCCGCCGGUCGUGGCGCUAGCGAAAGAAAAGAUUUUAACAGUACCCGCAGUACCAACGGCGGCAAACAGUUGGUGA